CAAAUCUGUUGCCAGUCUGAUGACAUUCUGCUAACAUUUUGCUGAUUGGUAUACAUGAAUUAUGUGUAGAUGGCAAAUCAAGAGAAAAAAAUUAAGGUAUGCGUAAUUGGUGCUGGUGCGGCUGGUUUAUGCGCAAUCAGACACUUGGCAGCAAAUAUGACCUUUGAAAUAACAGCCUACGAGCAGACAAAUGAAAUAGGAGGUACAUGGGUCUAUAAAGAACAAGUUGGUCUUGAUGAGAAUGGUUUACCAAUUCAUUCUAGCAUGUAUCAGAAUUUGAGAACGAAUUUGCCUGCAAAAAUUAUGAAUUUUCCGGAUUACAUGACAAUGGAAGGACAAGAACGGAGUUGUGUGAAUCACCAAGAAGUUUUAAAAUAUUUAAAAGAUUAUGCUCAGCAUUUUGACAUAUAUCGACAUGUUCAUUUUAAUAUCAAAGUUGAACAUGUUCAAUCUAUAUCAUCUGAUUAUUGCGAUCAAAAUAAAUGGUCUGUGCAAAUAAGAAAAUUAAAAACAAACGAAAUGGAAUUACGUUAUUUUGAUGCAAUUAUGGUUUGUAAUGGACAUUAUUUUGAUCCGUAUGUACCAACUAUAGUUGGUAUCGAAAGUUUUUCAGGUUUAAUACUGCAUAGCCAUUCGUAUAGAAAACCGGAUGAAUUUUCCGGUAAAAAUAUAUUAAUACUGGGUGCAGGUUCAUCCGGUAUCGAUAUAGGAAUCGAUUUGUCUAAUCAAGCGAGUCGCGUGUAUUUAAGUCACAAUCACGAUAAAUUAAUAAGUUCUUUACCAUCGAACAUGAUACAAGUUGCUGGUGUUGAAAGCAUACACGGAACUACAUUUUAUCUUAAAGAUGGCACCAUUAUCGAUACUAUCGACGUUUUCCUUUUUUGUACUGGAUACAAGUACAAUUUUCCUUUUUUAGACAAAAAUUGUGGCAUACAAGUUGAGAGUAAUUACAUAACUCCGCUUUAUAAACAUCUCAUAAAUAUCGAGCAUCCUUCAAUGUGUAUCAUUGGUAUACCUUCCAAUGUUGUACCGUUUCCUAUGUUUCAUAUGCAGGUGCAAUUUUUUUGACUCUACUUCAAGGCCAAAUAACUUUACCAACAAAACAUGUGAUGCUAGAAAACUCGAUGCUAAAAACUUCAAAAAAGAAACAUGCACAUAAACUAAUGGAUCAACAAUGGGAUUACAAUAAUUCAUUGGCAAUAGCUGGUAGAUUCGAUCAGUUACCAUUAUUCUAUAAACUUGGUUACAAAGCAUGGUCAAUUCAAAAAUCUGUGAAUCUUUUAUAUUACAAAG